CGAUAAUUGGCGCAGAAGGGGGCUCGGGGAGGCGGGGGCUCGGUUAAGCCUCUAAUUGGCUGUUUAAUUCUCGGCAGGUGCGAUCUCCAGGAGCCCUGGGGUCUAUCCCUGGAUCCUAUUGGCUGACGGGGAUGUAAUUUGGAGCACAAAAGAAAAUGUCCACUGAACGGACUUCCUGGACAAGUUUGUCCACUCUUCAGAAAAUAGCACUGGGCCUCGGGAUCCCAGCCAGUGCGACAGUUGCCUAUAUCUUAUACCGCAGAUACAGGGAAAGUAGAGAAGAACGGCUGACAUUUGUUGGGGAGGACGACAUUGAGAUAGAGAUGCGCGUUCCCCAGGAAGCAGUGAAGCUCAUCAUUGGCCGACAGGGAGCCAAUAUUAAACAGCUGCGGAAACAGACAGGUGCUCGGAUUGAUGUGGACACAGAGGAUGUAGGAGAUGAGCGGGUGCUGCUUAUCAGUGGUUUUCCUGUUCAGGUGUGCAAGGCCAAGGCAGCAAUUCAUCAGAUCCUGACAGAGAAUACCCCAGUGUCUGAACAGCUCUCAGUUCCUCAGAGAUCCGUGGGCAGAAUCAUAGGAAGAGGCGGCGAGACAAUUCGUUCUAUCUGUAAAGCUUCCGGAGCCAAAAUUACUUGUGAUAAAGAAUCAGAGGGGACAUUACUACUAUCAAGACUUAUAAAAAUCUCAGGAACACAGAAGGAAGUGGCAGCAGCCAAGCAUUUGAUACUGGAAAAAGUUUCAGAAGAUGAAGAACUUCGGAAAAGGAUUGCUCAUUCUGCAGAAACCAGAGUUCCUCGCAAGCAACCAAUCAGUGUAAGAAGAGAAGAAAUGACAGAAUCAGGUGGAGCUGGAGAGCCAGCUUUAUGGAAAAGCAUGGAGCCAGCCUCACCACUAGCAACUCCACCUCGCACAGGAGGUGGCGACAUGACUGUUGUCAGUCCAGAGGAAGGUUCCUGGGAGAAACCCAGUGGUGACAGCUUUCAGAAUUCUGGAGACCAGACCAGUCCGGAGAUGUCUGUGUUUGAAAUCCCCAGUCCUGACUUCAGUUUCCAUGCUGAUGAGUUCCUGGAAGUCUAUGUCUCUGCUUCUGAACAUCCUAACCACUUCUGGAUCCAAAUCAUUGGCUCCCGCAGCCUACAACUAGAUAAGCUUGUCAGUGAGAUGACCCAGCACUAUGAGAAUAGUCUGCCUGAAGACUUGACUGUGAAUGUGGGAGAUAUUGUAGCAGCACCUUUACCUGCAAAUGGUUCCUGGUAUCGAGCCCGAGUCCUUGGCACCUUGGAGAAUGGAAACCUGGACCUCUACUUUGUUGACUUUGGAGAUAACGGAGAUUGCCCAGUGGGGGAGCUCAGGGCACUCAGGAGUGACUUCCUAAGCCUUCCAUUUCAAGCAAUAGAAUGUAGCCUGGCACGGAUUGCCCCAUCAGGUGAACAAUGGGAAGAGGAGGCCUUGGAUGAGUUUGACAGACUCACUCACUGUGCUGACUGGAAGCCCCUUGUGGCCAAGAUCUCUAGCUAUGUCCAGACUGGGACCUCAACUUGGCCCAAGAUCUACCUCUAUGAUACUAGCAAUGGGAAGAAACUUGAUAUUGGGUUAGAAUUAGUUCGUAAAGGAUUUGCAGUUGAGCUUCCCGAAGACAUGGAGGAAAACAGAGCUGUCCCAGAUAUGUUGCCAGAUAUGGCUACAGAAACAGAUCUCUCUCUUGACAGCAUGCUCACUGAGACUAAGAAGAGCCCUGGAGAAAUACCAAAUACUUUGUCCUGCCUCAGUUUGUCAGAAGCCGCCUCUAUGUCUGGCGAUGAUAACCUUGAAGAUGACUACUUACUCUGAAGUUGGCUUCAACAGCUUCAGAUCUGCUUUACUGUGAUUUGGUGCCUGAAGAGAGAAGCUGAGCCCAUGAUAGAGAUCUAUGCAGUCCUUCAUUUAUUACACACAUGAUCUGACUCACUGUGGACCAGAUGCAUUUCUCCUACCCUGGACUACCAGAAAGCGUGUGGGGCAGAGACAGACGAAUACAUGCACCCCCUACCCCCUGCCCCCCAUGUUUGAAUUCUGCUGCGUUACUACCAUGUUGCUCUGUGCCUGGUUCAUUCUUCUGCCAGUCACAGUGGUCACUAUGCCUGGGCUGUGUGUUGUUGAGGCUGGGAAACAGUGAGGGUUUUGUCAUUAGAAGUGAUGAUUCUGCAGAUGCCUGACUUAAUCAGAUGCCUCUGGUUAAGUUUUUGACAAACUCAAAGACUACAAAUGAGUCAGGAUACAAGGGCAAAAGUCAACAUAAUUAUAUUUAAAAGCCUCAGGAAGUGGGAAGAGAAGACUGUCUUCCAGCCUCAACUACUGAUAAGCUUUUGCAAAUAGUGCUCCAGCUAUUUCCCUGAAACUUUGGUUAAACUACAAGUAAACAAGGAGAGGCGGCUCAGAAAAUAUUCUAAACUGCUGUGCUAGUAUAAUCUCUCAUCUAUGUGUACAUACAGACUCAGAACAUUACUAUUUCAGUCUUCACUGAAUAAAGUUCUCAAAAAAA